UGCGAAUAGAAUUUCAUCAGUAGUUUGUAUAAAAAUAAUUCUCACAAUCUAACGAUUUUUUUAAUAACCAUAAGGUAAAGAUUUGGUUAAGCAUAAUCAGUAGCUACAUAUUAUACUACUUAACCAUUUAUAUGUUCUUCAAAUAGAAUAAAACAAAAUUCACGGAUAGGUUUUAAACGGCACCGGCCAACGGACCGGGCCCAAUGCUAGUAUAAUCAUAAGAAAAAGAAAAAACCCCAACCAAUGUGGUCUAUUAAGUUUGCAGCUAUUCUUAUCCAAGCCCAAUUACCGGUUCUGUUGUUAACCUGAUCGCCGCCCAAAAAUUGCCCACAACAAGCUUCCACAACAAGCUUCCACAGACCACACAACACACCACAAUUACAAAUACCGUUUCGAGGGCACCGACUCAGUGAGUCAUUCUACAACAAACCCCCAAAUUUUGGCGCCCCCAAAACUCGUUUUGAACACAUCCACCUUCUCCCGCUCUCUUUCUCUCUCAUCUCAAGUAAAUUCCAGGCGAUAAUGGAGCAGCAGCAGCAGCAGCAGCAGCAAAGGAACCCGAACUUGGCGCAAGAACAGCAACACGAGGAUAAUGGCCCUAUCCCUGUCGAGCAGCUUCAGGAAUCGGGUAUAGCUUCCAUUGAUGUGAAGAAGCUAAAAACUGCCGGUUUCUGUACAGUCGAGUCAAUUGCAUACUCCCCUAGAAAAGAACUACUGCAAAUUAAAGGAAUCAGUGAAGCUAAAGUUGACAAAAUCAUUGAAGCAGUGUCCAAUUUGGUCCCGCUUGGUUUUACGAGUGCCAGCGAACUUCAUGUCCAGAAGUUGAACCUAGUUCAGAUCACAUCUGGGUCAAGAGAACUAGACAAGAUCUUGGAAGGCGGCAUUGAGACAGGAUCCAUCACUGAGUUGUAUGGUGAAUUUCGCUCUGGAAAGACUCAGCUCUGCCACACGCUUUGUGUUACCUGCCAACUUCCAUUUGAUCAAGGGGGUGGCGAAGGAAAGGCCAUGUACAUUGAUGCUGAAGGCACAUUCCGGCCCCAGAGACUGCUUCAGAUAGCAGAGAGGUAUGGACUGAAUGGUGCUGAUGUCUUGGAAAAUGUGGCAUAUGCAAGAGCUUAUAACACCGAUCACCAGUCACAGCUUUUGAUUCAAGCAGCUUCCAUGAUGGUGGAAAGUAGAUUUGCUGUUCUGAUAGUAGACAGUGCUACAGCAUUGUACAGAACGGAUUUCUCUGGCAGAGGUGAAUUGUCUGCUCGCCAAAUGCAUCUUGCCAAGUUCCUCAGGAGUCUUCAGAAGAUGGCUGAUGAGUUUCAGGUAGCUGUGGUGAUUACAAACCAAGUAGUUGCACAGGUAGAUGGCUCUGCUAUGUUUGCUGGUCCUCAAAUCAAGCCUAUAGGUGGUAACAUCAUGGCACAUGCUUCUACAACUAGGCUUGCGCUUCGGAAGGGAAGAGGAGAAGAACGCAUCUGUAAAGUGAUAAGCUCUCCUUGUUUAGCAGAAGCUGAAGCACGGUUUCAGAUCUCCCCUGAAGGUGUAGCUGAUGUUAAGGAUUGAAAUAUGUUCACCAGCUUAGGAAGCAGCUUGCCUUGUGAAAAUACUAAUGUCUCAGUUUGAUGUCGUUUCUGUCGAUUUCAUUUCAUUGAUGAGGCUAAUACUAAUAGGUUACAACUACACAGAUCGGGUGCUGAAGUCAUAACCAAUGGGUUGAGGUCAUCUAACUUCAAAUCGACAAAGAUAAGCAAACAAUUAGUAAUAUAUGCAGUUCACAAGAACAAAAUUGAUUAAACAAUUCAAUUAUAGAACUCUUCCUUCACUGUUAUGUUGUAAUACUCGUAUAUAGCUGCCAAAAUACAACUCUACUCGGUUAACUUGUUUGGUACAUCUGACAUGUGAUCUGCCCGUAACUCGAGUUUACUAAAAGUUAAUGACUCGUAAUCCGCCGAUCUAGUUGAUCCAUGCCCAUACAAGAUUAUGUUGGCAAAAUCAGAUAUGGUGGGAGUGGAGCAGUAAAAACUAGCAUCGGUGCUCUCUUUUAAAGAUUAAAUUUCCUUUAUUAAUGAACGAAUCCAUUCCUUUCUCGGAUAGGGAUGGCAACAGUUCAGGUCUGGUUGGGGACGGAUAGUGCAUAUUCGUUACCUUAUCCAAAGUAGUUUAGAUUUUAUCCAUACUCAUACGAACAUAAAAAUCGGGUACAAAAAUUAGAACUAUACUCAUAUCUGUUCGGGUUUUGGGUAUUCACGGUUAUCCAAUGGAUAAUAAUUUCUAUUUAUAACUCAAAUCAACAUGUUAAUAUUCACACGUAUACUACCAUUAUAUAAGUGAAAAGUACGACAAUAAAACACUAGAAUGAAAAAUAAUAAUUAAACAGAACACGAUCUCAUGAAAAAAUUAUAUUUCUAUGCUAUAUAUCAAAUAUUGUGAGCAAAAUAAUAAUCAUUUCUAGAUAAAAUACAUAUACAUGUUUAUAAUCGAUCGAGUUCGGGUUGGAUAGUGCAAAACCCACACCCACCCAUUAUCUGGAAUAUACAGGUUGAGAUUUUACUCGUACCUAGUGAAAAUCCUUCGCGUUCGGGUUUUACCCUGCCUGAUUAGAUCGGAUUCGAACGAAUAUCCACGGUUCCGGAUAUUUUUGUCAUCCCUGCUCUCGACCAUCAUUUUCACACCCUCAAUAUCAUCUCUCAUCUCUCCUCUCUUUCCCACCACUUAUGAUUCCACUAUUUCUUAAACUUGGAACAAUGAGGAGGGAUAGAACAUCAGAGAGAAAAUUUAUUGUGCUGGCGUCCCCUCUAAAUUGGAGAGAAAAAGGUGUUCGGUUGUCCAUUUCUACAACUUUAAAACAGUAAGGGGGAUAAAAAAAAAACUAGAGAAAAAAUUUAUUGUGUCAACCUCCCCUCCAAAUUGGAGAGAAAUGGUGUUCGGUUGUCCAUUUCUAAAACUUAAAAUAGUGAGUAUGGAUAGAAAACCGGAGAGGAAAUUUAUUGUGCCGACCUCCCCUCCAAAUAGGAGAGAAAAGGUGUUUGGUUGUCCAUUUCUUAAACUUAAAACAGUGAGGAGGGAUAGAAAAUCAGAUAGAAAAUUUAUUGUGCCACCCUCCCCUCCAAAUUGGAGAGAAGAGGUGUUCAGUUGUCCAUUUGUAAAAUUUAAAACAAUGAGGAAGGAUAGAAAAUCGGAUAGAAAAUAUAUUGUGUCAGCCUACCCUCCAAAUUGGGGAGAAAAGGUGUUUAAUUGCUCAUUUAUGAAACUUAAAACAGUGAGAAGAGAUAGAAAACGAAAAGAAAAUCUAUUGCACCGGCCUCCCUCCAGAUUGGGGAGAAAAGGGUGUUCGGUUGCCCAUUUAUGAAACUUGGAACAGUGAGGUGGGAUAGAAAACCGGAGAGAAAAUCGAUUGUGGCGGCCUACCCAUUUUCAAAUAUUUUCUUAUAAAAGUUAUAAUUAUCA